ACGCAGUAAACCGUGUCAGCUGACUCUCAGCAGCAUCACUGACAGUCAACACAAACGGCGUUCUCUAUUCAAAACGGGAAAACAGCACAUUUCGAUUGAGCUGGGUGUUAUGCUACCUAGAAUACAUUUUAACGAGGUGACAUCUGCUUCGCUAUGGCGGCAGAAAUACACCCUACACCGCAGACCCGUACACCGAUACUGCUGAGUAAAAUCGAGGCUUCUCAAGAUGUGGUGAAUACGGCGGUCAUCAUUCCAAAAGAAGACGGCGUUAUCAGCGUGUCGGAAGACAGAACAGUCCGAGUAUGGCUAAAGAGAGAUGGCGGUCAGUACUGGCCAAGCGUGUACCACACCAUGCCAGCUCCCUGCUCCUGCAUGUCCUUCAACCCGGAGACCAGGAGACUGUCAGUGGGCAUGGACACUGGAGAGGUGUCAGAAUUCAUCCUGUCUGAGGACUACAACAAGAUGACCCCUGCCCUGAGCUACCAGGCUCACCAGGGCAGAGUGACCGUGGUUCUGUUUGUCCUGGAGAUGGAGUGGGUCCUCAGCACUGGACAGGACAAGAGCUUCACCUGGCACUGCUCUGAGAGCGGCCAACAGCUGGGCAGCUACCGCACUACUUCCUGGGUCUCAGGCCUGCAGUUUGACGUGGAGACACGGCAUGCCUUUGUGGGCGACCACUCUGGUCAAGUGACCAUCCUGAAACUGGAGCAGGACAGCGGCAGCCUGGUCACCACUUUUAAAGGCCACACAGGCAGUGUGACAGCUCUCUGCUGGGAUCCAGUCCAGCGUGUCCUUUUCUCUGGGAGUUCUGACCACUCCAUCAUCAUGUGGGACAUCGGGGGUGGCAAAGGCACGGCUAUCGAGCUGCAGGGGCACAACGAGAAGGUGCAGGGACUAUGCUAUGUGCCUCACACACGCCAGCUCAUCUCCUGUAGUUCCGAUGGGGGCAUCAUCGUCUGGAACAUGGACGUGACUCGACAGGAGACCCCUGAAUGGCUGGACAGUGACUCGUGUCAGAGGUGUGAGCAGCCCUUCUUCUGGAACUUUAAACAGAUGUGGGACAGCAAGAGGAUCGGCCUGCGGCAGCACCACUGCAGGAAGUGUGGCCAGGCUGUGUGUGGGAAGUGCUCCUCCAAGCGCUCCACCAUCCCGCUCAUGGGGUUCGAGUUUGAGGUGCGCGUGUGUGACAGCUGCCAUGACUCCAUCACCGAUGAGGACCGCGCACCCACAGCAACAUUCCAUGACAGCAAGCACAGCAUCGUGCAUGUGCACUUCGAACCCACCCGUGGCUGGCUGCUGACCUCCGGCCCUGAUAAGGUUAUCAAGCUAUGGGACAUGACUCCAGUUGUGUCCUGAGGGACACCCCAUCACCCGAGGCAACAUGGAGCCUUGUUCUUUGAGGAUAGAGCAAUGUUCGUGUGUCAUUGGCACAAGAGACCACCUGGAGCGCAAACGCAAUGAAUGUUUGAGCACUGUUCUGACGGCAUCUGAACAACAUUUGAACAACAUGCUAGGGAGCUUGAAGCACAGGAUCUCAUGACUUCCUGUUCCCUGAGUAUUGUGCUCAUUGCCAGGGCAACUUGCUCUGGGUUUGUUUUAUCUUAGGGUUUUUAGUCCUUCUUACUGUCCUCUCUUAACCCUGUGCUAUGCUGAUAUCUAAUUGGCUGUCUUUACAGUAAUGGGAGAACACUCAUAUUUGCACUUUUUGCGUACUGCUCUUGUUGACUUUUGAACAAAAGGUCUACCGUCUCAAAGGUUAUCCAUUGUUUGAAGGCGAGAGAUGGGAGAAAACCAGUUCUUGCUUUUUCUCACUACCCUUUGACCUCCCUAUCUUGAGUACUGUUGGAUUGGAGGAAUUGCCCCCCUCCACAAAUUUAACGCUGUGAAUAACCGAGAAUUAUGUGGAUGAAAUGGACAUGGCUCUCAAACGGAGAGCAGGGAUCAUUCCAGAAGCACCGGAGCUCUCCAGGAAGUACCAAUGAAUGGGAGAAUGCUUGUCUCCAUCUCUCUGUUAUUCUACCCACAGGCACACUUGAUGUUGGUGGGAGAUCAAUAUGUGUCAAUUUCUAGGGUGUUGACUAGUUUUGAUCAGUAAGUUUCAUGUUGUAUUUUUCACCUGUGCAGUCUGGCACGUGAAGUGCUCUUCAGGAGUUCGCAUAGACCAGUCUUUCUCAUCUGCUGUUUUAUAUGUGCAAAUGGACUUUAAUUCAUGUCAGGAAAUUAUGUAUGGUUGACCACCUUCUACUACUACUAGUGUGUUUUUAGAGACUGUAAGUGACUGUACUUGUGUAACAAGUCAGUCAGAUUUCAGCUAACUGUAGCUAUAGCAGGGUCCCUGUCAUGAGACAGUGUCUUUAAGACAGGAACAGGCCACAGGGGCCAGUAGAGCUUUGUUAGAAUGAAUUGCAUAUGAGUUAUCAAUGAUACGUAUGAUGAGUCGGGAGGGUGUCAGUACGCCUUGUGUUGAAGCAUGGCUCUAGUCAGCUUCUGCUGGCUAGUUGAGAAAAGGCAUGCUUGUGUGUGCAUGUGAGCAUGCCUUUUGUUACUGCACAUCUAGUAAAAUUGGUUGAUUGGAAUUCCUUGCAUGAUUCAAGCACAACUGCUGUUCUGUUAUAUGCUCUAUAUGUGUGUUGCACAGCAGAUUUCUUUAUAGAUUUUUUAAAGUUGACGACGUUUGUGUGUUUGCGAGUUUCAGACUUUUUGAUUGUACAUGUGAUGUGUGAGAACCCGGUGUGUUCUGUGGCCUGAUUGCGGUAGCAACACAGUUUUACUGUCCUUUUGUGUCCUUGUAUGCCCUCCCUUACUGUCCGAGUCUGUUGACUGUGUCACAUACAAUGAAGUCUGUAAGUAUUUGGACAGUGACCCAAUUUCUGUGGUUUUGGCUCUGUACUCCAGCACAUUGAAUUUAAAAUGAAGUAAUAUGAGGUAGAUCCUCCUCCAUUUGAGGGCACUAUAAUUUUUGGGACAAAUUACUUCACAGGUGCUUCUGAUUAGUCAAGUGUGUUCAGUCACUUCCUUGGUAUUUGAGCUAUUUGAGAAAUUUCAGUAUCUAGUCUUGAUUCUUGGCUUUUUAUUACCUUUGCAGUCUGAUUGGCCUUCAACACGAAGACAAAGAAGCCAUUAUGAUGCUGAGAAAUAAUUAAAAACAGUCAGAGACAUUGGCCAAAUAAUAGGCUUACCAAAAUAAACUGUUUGGAACAGAAGUACAGAGGCUACAAUGAUGUAAGCCAAAAGUUUGCAACAAAAACAGCAUAGCCAGGUUACAAUUUGCUCAAUGUACCUAAAAGAAACUUCAGCAAAAAGGUUAUAGUUUGGGCAUGUCUGGCAGGUGCUGGCCCACUUCUCUUCAUUGAUAAUGUAACUGCUGAUAGCAGCAGCAGAAUUAAUUCUGAAAUACAGAAACAUCUUGAAAACUGGCCCUGUACACAUUAAUAACAUAUUCAUUAUUUAAUUUCAAAUGCAAUGUGCUGGAAUACAAAACCAAAAAAAGUGAAAUUGUGCCACUGUGCAAAUACAUACAGACAGCACUGUAUUUACUGUAUGCAUCUUUCACUGAUGGUAUGUGCAUAUUGACUUCUGAGUUCAAAGGGGAAGACUUGAAACAAAACAUUCCUCAAACUAGUCUGCUCUGCGAUUGGGUGGUGGUGGAAAGGCAUGCCCUCCUGGUAGUUUAUUGGCCUGUUUGUAUGGAUUACCACCUUGCAGAUAUCACCUGAACUGCGCAGAAUUCUUUAUUCAUUUCAGGUGACUGCUACCUGCAUGAGCAUGUGUCUAUGACAAUGCAAAAAGCUCACAUAGAAGUGUUACACAGGUCUCUAGUACAAUAAAUGGUUUUGCUAUGUAGCUUGGAAGUGCUAAAACACAUUUUGUAGAGAAUGUGAAUUGGUCCAGGGCAGUGAUCUCUCACUCCAGUCCUGCAGGGCCACAGUAGUCUGCUGGUUUCUGUGAUUGCCUUUUAAAUCUCUAGCCAAUUUAGGGCUUGUAAAAAAAAAAAAGACGUGUAUGUGUAGACUAGCCAACCAUUGGCAGAUUAAGCACUUAAGUGAAGCAACACAUAAAAACCAGCUGACAUGGCAGCCCACCAGGUUUUGAGUUUAAGAUUCCUUUAGGAUGCUUUCUAUAUAAUGUCAUGGAAACCUGCAUAUGUUAUGGUAUGGUUCUUCAAACAUGUACAGUGCGCAUUUAGUGUCUUUAAGUGCUGGGGUAUGAAAGAGUCCUGGUGUGCAGUUGUAAAUUGCAAGUAGCAUAAGCUUCUACUGCAAUACAUGGAAAACAUUUUUUCCAAUCACUGAAAUUGGAAAUCCAAUCAAUCAUGAGAACAUUACACAUUUACACAUUUGUUGUGAAAAUGCUUCUUGUUACCUUGCAUUCGGUAUAUUGUUGCAUUUCGUUGUUUGCUCACAACCUUUUACAUUUUCAGACAUUUGGUGAUACUGCUUGGGUACAAAGUCACCCUUUUUAAAGAUGGGCUAGUCUCUCCUGCUUUCUGAAGGCGGUUGACAGUAGAAUGGCUAAAAUAAUGAUCAGCCCCCUUCAGUAGCCAGUACCCUGAAAACAUCAUGAGUGAUUGUCGGCAAAGCUCGGUCAACACAAACAUCGGGCUCAUUCCAAUCGCUUAUUUUCCUCCAAUUUUUUCCUUUCCUUGCUCCUGACCCGGAAAUCGAUCAAGGUCCGCCAUCUUUAAAGACAUCCCAAGAAGUAGACGUUAGGAACUCAAAAUCUUUCCUUUGAGCAACAUCAGCACAUCCUUUGCAGAAGUAUUUUAUAUUUUUUGGAAAGCCCGACAUAUAAAUAAUUGACCAGUGGGUCCACCCUCCCCAUCUGCCACGCAUCUGCCACAUCUGUAACUGACAUUUGAAGGAGCAAGGACAUUCCAUUUGCCUAAUUCACAUUUUCUUGAUAUCUUAAUUUCUUUUUCUUGCCACUUUUCCUAGCCUCUCCCAAUGGGUGGAGCUAGGAGUAGAAAAAAGAUCUUAAAUAAAAGAGGCUUAUGUGGAGUUCAAAGGUUAAGUCACAGCCAAUCAGCUACAGAUGGUAUGAUCCUACCACAAUGAUCCAACAAAGUGCUUCCUGGCCCUUGUGACUAACUCUGCUUUGAUGUGGAGUUUCUCGCUCUCUUUUUGGUGAGGGGCAUAUUUUGUGAAGUAAGCCCAAAACUGUGACUGCUGCAAAAGUAAGAUCAUUAUUGAUUUUGCUCCAUUAGCUUGGACCAGCUUCUGAAGUCUAAUCCCUCCCCCUGUUCCCCCCUAAAUUGCCCAAUCUCUUGGAACUACAGACUAUAAAAUUACACUGGCAUAUAAACAGUUCUCUCAACUUAUGUUCUAUUGCAGCCACUUGAUAGAGCUGUUUAAAGGGAAGGUUCAUGUAGCUUGUGUUAGUGUGGGCCUGCGAGCCAUGUUUGUGUCCCCACUGUAGGAAGCUUUACAGACAGUCUAAAUAUCGCAGCAGUGCUGAAUGCUUGCUGUGUGAAAAGAAACAGAUGACUGAUUGCACUUUUGUGCACAGAUAAUUCAAUUGGUGGAUACUUCUUCCUGCUAAUACCCACAGGAAGCAUAAGUAGAAAGUGUGCUCCAAUACUUUGUAAUAUCCUCAUUUUCCCUCUCUUCUAUACACUUACACACCAUCAUUCAGUGCAAUUCUGCAGUCCUGCUGUUUGGUGGUUGACAGAAUCUCAGCCGCCCAAAAUAACGUGGGCUAUGGCAUUCCAGAGCGGGCACCAAGCACUAUAGUGAACAAACUGCUGCAGGGGAGACAAAAUGAGUUCCGAUUUAAAAAAAGAAGGAAAAUCUAUUUUUUAUGUAAAUGGGCCCAUAAAUGAUCCUGCUAUCAGAGUGGUGACAUUUCUGAAAAUAUUUCUUGGUGUUAUUUCUGCAAAGACUGCGAGUUGUGCUGACCGUAUUGCUCGACAUUAGGCAGACUUUCUAAAGGCCGUCGGCCUGACAUUCACUGAUUAAUGACAUGUAGGAGGCCAUUGUGAGCAGCCUGCACUGGAACACAGUCAUUCUCUGUAUAAAGCCAAAGUGGCGUAGUGGAAUCCUGUAGUGAAAUCUGCAGGCAGGGACAUGAAGCAAACUGAUUUACUGCACUCUCCAUGAAAAUGGGUUUAGUGCAGCAAUAUGAGCCAAAGGCCAUGUUCAGCUAAACCACAGAGCACCUUCUCUUCAUUUGAAGCAGAGGUAAAUGCAAGCCAUGCAUUUAUUUCUUAGAUAAUGCUGAGGCUGGUGUGGCUUAAAUGAAAGCAAUUUAGCGAGAGAAGAGAAAAACAUGUAUAGCAGGAUUAUGUAAAGGGGUUAGAUCUACUGAGGGCUUUAACCAACAGCCCUUGCUUUUCGCAUCAUAAGAUGAGAUAUAAUUAGCUCAAUGAGCUCAAAACUGAAGGUUCUCCAGCCAAGGGAACUCAUCGCUUUGUUGUUGAAGAUCCAAGGGAUGACCUUGUGGAGAGGAUACUAACAUAUCUCAAUUCUGCAACACCUGCUUAAAUGUAUUACUUAAAGUUAAGGGUAUAUUACACUGGGGUAAGACAGAAGCAGCUCCAAAAUAUUUCAGCAGCCGGGAUUGGUAAAUUUAAAUCUUGGUUCUGUUUAUGACCUGGGUACAGUCUGGAGAUGUACUGUAUGGUGAUACAACUGAUAAAAGCUUGUUGUGAGUGAGCAGAAAUAGCAUUCGGUUUUUGUAUAUUUUCCAAAAAUCAGGAAGAGUAUUUGCUUUUGUUUUCAUUUGAGAUAUGGAUACCAGAAGCAGGAUAAAAUAAUUGUACUGAAUAUACUUUUGUGACUUAUUAGGGAAAUUAAAACUUGAGAAAUGUCUCAGAAUCAUGGGGUGACGUUUGUGAUAUUGAUAUAAUGCAUGAACAAAAUCAAUUUGUUUGAACAUACUGUAGUUUAAUUUAUAAAGGCAAAUUAUAUAUAUACACAUUUUAUAUAUGUGUGUGGAUAAUAUGUGCAAUGUGUGUAUUGUAAUGUGUUAUGCUAUAAGCACAAUAAUUAAUGACUGUAAAUUGUCUGUUGGGCCUUCAUUAUCUCCUGAGAUGUAUGUUACUUAUAACUUGGCAGAUUUGGAAUACAGGUCAGUACUUCUGACCUCAUUAAACAGUUUUUUGUCACAAA